AUGGCAGCUGAGGGGGAUAAAAUGUUGGGAGGAAGGUUUGUUGGAAGUACAGAUCCAGUCAUGGAGAUGCUCAGCGCUUCCAUUACCACUGAUCAGAGACUGGCUGAAGUUGACAUCCAGGGGAGCAUGGCUUAUGCCAAAGCCUUGGAGAAGGCUGGGAUCCUGUCUAAAACUGAGCUGGAGAAGAUCCUGAGCGGCCUGGAAAAGAUCUCUGAGGAAUGGUCUAAAGGAGUCUUUGUGGUGACCCAAACUGAUGAGGAUAUCCACACUGCCAACGAACGCAGACUAGGAAGAAGCAGGAAUGAUCAGGUUGUGACUGACCUGAAGCUGUUCAUGAAGAAUUCCCUCUCUGUCAUCUCCACUCACCUCCUGCAGCUCAUUAAGACCCUGGUGGAACGCGCUGCCAUAGAAAUCGAUGUUAUCUUGCCCGGCUACACCCACCUGCAGAAAGCUCAGCCCAUCAGAUGGAGCCAGUUCUUGCUCAGCCAUGCUGUUGCUCUGACCCGCGAUUCUGAGCGCCUGGGAGAGCUGAAGAAGAGGAUCAAUGUCUUGCCUUUGGGAAGCGGUGCUCUGGCUGGAAACCCUCUGGAAAUUGAUAGAGAGCUUCUGCGUAGUGAGCUGGACUUUGCUUCCAUCAGCCUGAACAGCAUGGAUGCCGUAAGCGAGAGAGACUUUGUCGUGGAGUUCCUCUCUGUUGCCACCCUCCUCAUGAUCCACCUUAGCAAGAUGGCUGAAGAUCUCAUCAUCUACAGUACCAGCGAAUUUGGCUUUGUAACCCUCUCUGAUGCUUACAGAACAUCAUCUGUGGACUUCUCUCCUCCGUGGUCAGCAAAUUUCCACAAAACCUACAGGAACCCAGUAGUCUGUGAUCACAAACCUCUGUCAAGCGCGGUUGAUUUUGGCCAGGAGGUUCCAAAGAUGCCAUUCAGACAAGCCCACACUGCCUCUGGGAAGGCCGUCCACCUCGCUGAGUCUAAGGGCACCACCAUCAACAAUCUCAGCCUGGAUGACCUGAAGAGCAUCAGCCCCCUGUUUGGCAGCGACGUCUCCCAGGUCUUCAACGUUGUCAACAGCGUGGAGCAGUACACGGCCAUGGGUGGUACCGCCAAGAGCAGCGUGACUACCCAGAUCGAGCAGCUGAGGGAGCUGCUGAAGAAGCUGAAGGAACAAAUGCCAUUCAGACAAGCCCACACUGCCUCUGGGAAGGCCGUCCACCUCGCUGAGUCUAAGGGCACCACCAUCAACAAUCUCAGCCUGGAUGACCUGAAGAGCAUCAGCCCCCUGUUUGGCAGCGACGUCUCCCAGGUCUUCAACGUUGUCAACAGCGUGGAGCAGUACACGGCCAUGGGUGGUACCGCCAAGAGCAGCGUGACUACCCAGAUCGAGCAGCUGAGGGAGCUGCUGAAGAAGCUGAAGGAACAAGCUUAGAGUGUGGGGAGAUAUCCCGUGGAUGCAGCGUUGUGCCUAUCACACUAAUCUGGAGUUAAUAAACACUGGGGUGUAUGUAGUUCACUGAAA